AUGGCUGCUGCUGAGUCCUUGCUUGGAUUUGGAUUGAUCUUCCGUCUUCGUCUUCGUCUUCAUCUUCAUUUUUCCCCUCGAUCGGAAAUGGCAGCUUACGCGGCGGUGAUCUCUCUUGCCGACACUGCAUCGCGCAUCCAAACCCAUCCUCGCCUUUCCGCCGCCUUCCCCAACAACCAAAUCCAAUCCCUCCUCCACACCGCCCGAUUCCUCCACCAUUUCCUCCAAACCCAUUCCUCCGCCGCCCUCGAACCAACGAUCGCCGCCGCCGCUAGCACGGCCGAAGACCUAAUCGAAUCCCGCGCCGUCGACGAACUUUCCGGCGCCCCCCUCGCCGGCUACUGGAACAAAUUCAUCUUCUCUACCAAACUCAAAAAAGCCAUUGACCACCUAAAUUCGAUCCAGAACUCUCUGCAGAUCCACGACACAGCCGAAAUCAACGAUCAGCAGCAACAGCCGCCCCCGGUCAGAUCCGCCGCGACGAUUGCCAGAAAGUUCUCCGCUGUAGGUCUGGAUAACGACGACUUGGCGCCGAUCCUCGAUCGGCUCGUAUCGGCUCACGGCUCGGCUCGCCAGGUCAUCCCUGUCGUCGGGAUGGGCGGCAUCGGUAAGACUACCCUCGCCAAAGCUCUGUACGAAAAUCCUCUCAUCAAACACCACUUCGAUGUCCGAAUUUGGGUUCUGAUUUCUCAGAAAUUCAAUUUCAGAGAUGUCCUAAUGCAGAUUCCGGCCUGCCGGGACGCCAUUGACAAGAAGAAGCUCGAGAAAGCCGAUGAGGUCCUAAACUUGCCUCAACCACAUCUCGCCGACGGCAAUAACGACGAUGUUGUACUAACCGAUGACGAAUUAGGACAGGCAUUGCACAAGAGCUUAUUCGGUCGGCGAUAUUUCGUCGUAAUUGACGACAUGUGGAGCGCCGAUGUUUGGGAUAGCCUCCGGCGGUUCUUCCCGGAGGUCGGAGGCUCGACGGGCCGAGUAAUUGUAACUACUCGUCUCGCGAAUGUGGCGGCCGAUCUUGGCCAUUCGUCACACGAGAUGAAUUUCCUCGAUGAGGAUAAGAGUUGGAGGCUAUUUUGCGAAACCACAUUCGUCGACGACGAAGGUUUCAUUUGUCCUAUCGAGCUCGAGGCGAUUGGGCGAAAAAUUGUCGAGAAAUGUAAAGGGCUUCCUCUCACGAUCGUCGUGAUCGGAGGUCUUUUGGCGAAGUCUCGUAGGACAGUCGAGCAUUGGGGGCGCGUCGCUAGCGAUAUAAACUCGGUUUUGAAUUCCGAGGGCGACGAGCAUUUCUUGGAUAUAUUGUCGUUGAGUUAUAACCAUUUGCCCGUUCAUCUCAAGCCGUGUUUUCUUUACAUGGGAAUCUAUUUGGAGGACUCUGAAAUCCACGUGUCUCGGCUCGUCAUGCUAUGGGACGCCGAGGGGUUUUUGAAACCGGAAGAAUCUAGAAGGUUCGAAGACGUUGCGAGAGGCUACUUGAAGGAUCUUGUCGAUAGGAAUCUCGUUUUAGUCCGGAGAUGGAAGUUCGACGGCAAAAUCAAAACUUGCUACGUUCACGAUCUUUUACGAGAGUUAUGCUUAAGGGUCGCUCGGAAAGAGAAGUUUUUGCACGUCGUGAGCGAGACCGAGACCGACGAUAACUCUAUCGGCGUGAAUCGAAAACAUCGCGUCGUGAUCCAUGAGAGAAUCUCGAGUCGUCGAGAUUGUCCUCGGGUUGUACGUACAAUGGAUUCGGCGCGCGUUGUUCGAUCCCUUAUUUGCGAAGGAGGCAAGCUUCCGUUGAGGAGUAAGUUGCUGAGAGUUUUGGAAAACGUCGACCUAGAGUAUGUGCGGGAUGUUUCGAAGCAUUUGAAUCUUCGAUACAUUUCGUAUAACUGCCGGUACACUUGGAUUUUCAACCUCCCGUCGACUAUCCAUCGACUAUGGAACUUGCAGACGUUGAUUUGUCGAACGAAGUUUCUCUGCUUCGCCCCGCCGGAGAUUUGGGAGAUGCAAAAGCUCAAACAUGUCGAAUUCCACGGCAUCCAUCUCCCGGAUCCUCCUCCACGUCGCGACAUUUUGAGGAACCUACAAACGCUGUCGAAUGUGGUGAAUUUCAAGUGUGGCGAAGAGAUCGUUAGGCAAAUACCGGGCGUCAAGAAGCUGAAGAUUAGGUACGACGAAAGUCUAGUCGAAUCCACAGCGGUCGAACACUUUUGUCUCAACAAACUCGAUCAGCUUCAAACACUCGAAACUCUGUAUGUCUCAUCGUGCAUCGAUCUUGCCCGGAGACGGGAUUUGUUCCUGACUGUUGCAUUCCCGAGUUCGCUCAAGAAGCUGACAUUGAGAAGUUGCGCGCUCUGUUGGAACGAUUUGACAACGAUCGGCCCGUUGCCCUGUCUUGAAGUGCUUGUGCUCGAAGACACUGUCCGAGGAGACGAGUGGCAUCCGGUCGAGGAGCAAUUCCAGUGCCUGAAAAUGCUUGAAAUCUACGCCUGUCUCGAACUGACCUGUUGGAACGUUGACAGCUCGCAUUUUCCCGUCCUGCAGAAUCUUGACUUUGGCUACAUUCCAAGUUUGGAAGAGAUCCCUUCAGAAAUCGGAGAUAUACCGACUCUCCAAUCCGUCGAGCUCGGUUGUUGUAGCGCGAGUUUAGCCAUUUCCGUGAUGAAAAUGCUCGAGGAACAAGAGAGCUACGGGAACGAGGGCCUCCAAGUUCGAGUCGCGUUCAGCAGCGAAGGCGAACAAAAGCGCUUCUUCACUUCGCUCGACAACAAUGGGAGCUUCCGAAGCAAGAACUUUCACGUCGCCAACCGCUCUUCGUCGCAAGGUUAA